AUGUAAUGCAAAUUAAAUCAUUGCUCCAUUCAAUCAAGCUUGGUGUAAGUUCAGUGUGAUUAUAGUUAUCGAGCAGCGCCGGCCGUGAUGCAAGGUAACCGCUAGUGGUUAGUAGUAGAAUCUUCACGGUGAGCGCACGCGCACGUUGUGUACAAUGGCGCUGAUAUUGAAAGCGGCUUGGCAGGGAUAUAGAUACGUGUUCGAGGAGCUUACUGAUCCAAGAACAAACAAAUGGUUCCUCUGCGCCAGACCGUACCAGGGUCUAACACUCCUCGGCCUGUAUCUCAUGUUUGUACUCAAAUGGGGCCCGGCCUAUAUGAAGAACCGGCCCGCUUACAAUUUGGAAAAGGUCCUUAUUAUGUACAAUGCGUUACAGGUGUUAAUAUGUGCACGGAUAUUUAUAGGGUCUCUAAUCUACGCCUGGGCGUUCGAUUACAAAUGGCUGUGUGAGCCCGUAGACUACUCAACAGAUGAGAAGGCGAUGCGUGUGGCUCGAUACGUGUACUACUACUUCCUUGUCAAGAUUCUGGACCUGGCGGAUACCGUAUUCUUCGUGCUCCGUAAGAAGAACAGCCACGUAUCCUUCUUGCACGUCUACCAUCACACAGGCAUGGUUAUGUUGACAUGGGGCGCUGCUACAUACUUCCCAGGGGGCCACGGAACAUUAAUUGGCGUGAUCAACUCAUUCGUCCACGUGAUCAUGUACGGGUACUAUCUGCUGACCGUGGCCAUGCCGAGCAUGAAGGAAUCCAUGUGGUGGAAGAAAUACAUCACGCAAAUGCAAAUUUUGCAGUUCCUGAUGAUCGUAGUUCACAUGGCGACCCUGGUCUGGAAGACCGACUGCGCCUACCCCCGCUGGAUAGCAGCUGUAUUCCUACCCCAAAACCUCUUCAUGCUCAUAUUGUUCAUAGACUUUUACAUAAAAGCUUACAUCAAGCCUAAGAAGGCCAAACUAAACGGUCUGCAAAAUAGACACAAUGGUCUCCAAAAUGGUCACAGUAAUGGUGUUCAUCUCAAAAAUGGAAAAAACGGUGUUCAUAAAAAGAUAGAGUAGAUUUUAUAAAUUUAGAAGUUAGACUAAUUUAGUUAAAUAUUAAGUUCCUGUAUUUUUAGAUUAUAGUUAUAGCUACUUGUAUAGCCCCUCCAGACUAUAUGCGUGAAUCGCGGUGCGACCUCGUGAAUAGAACAUAUCUCGACGUUGACGUACGACUCCAUUACUCGCAGAACUUCACGGCAAGAUGGUUCCAAAGCAUCAGCUGAUCGAAAUUAACUGUGAAUUAGCUACGGCAGCAAUGUAAUUGUUAUGUGCUGUAACAAUUUUUCCAUUUUGUUUUCUUAUAAAUCUUCGAAAAUUUAGAUACUUUAUCUUGUAGCAGAUAAGCC